AGCAGAAGCUUGUUUUUCUGUUUAUUAGUUGUUUGUAGAUUAUCCUAAAAUGAUUUCCUAACCAUUGUAUCGAUAAUCAUUGUAUCGUCAUAUUGUCAGAUCACCGUUACCGUGAGCUUUGUAUCGCAAAUUGUAUCGUAUCGUGAGGUAACAAGAGGUUCCCACUCCUAAAAUGUAUGCUUUGAGAUUUUGUUCUCAACUGCCCAAAAACCACAGAAGAAGGAAACUUCUGCUAAUACGUAAAGUUGGGUGCUCGUUAGGGUUUGAGUUUGUUUUAAUGUUUGAUUCUUACCGGUAUUUGCCUUAGUGUGUGAUCGCCCAUUGAUUGCCUGCCCCAUGUGUGUCGACCUAUCGGCUGCCUCUUGUGUCACCCACCUGUUCCUCGUUGUCUCGUUACCCUGUCUGUCCAUAUAAGCCCUCAGUCUUUAUGUAGUUCUUGUCAGAUCGUCAUCCAUGUUAUGUCAGUUUUCCGCGUCCUAUAUUUCCCUGUCCUAGUAAGUGUCUUUUCAACGUGCUUUUUCAUUUGUUUCGCCCAGUCUUUUGUAAUUGAGAUCAAGUUUAUGUUAAAUAGUCAUACUUUUUAAGUUCGCACCAGUUCCCCUGUUUUUGCCUCGUUUCCGUGCACCUCGAUGUCUGCAGUCCAGCGCCCCACCCUAACAGUACUGAAGCCAAUGAGCAGCUGAGCAGAGAUGAUGGGCCCUUUGGUGGUGGCUUCCUGCUAGCGGAGGAGCCAACGAAGGAGAGCGGGACCAGCGUCCAAGACACACUCCAGUGAGAAAGACAGCGGGAAAGGGCGAGCGAAGGGGCGAGAGAGAGCGGGGGGAGCGGCUGAGAACAGUCGAUGGAUGCUGUCCGGAUUGAAGGGGCAGCACGUUCUUCACUGACGAGGGAAGGAAAGAUUUCAAAAUUGAGUCGAAGGAUAGAAACUCGCCGUCAGGCAUGGUGUGUGAGAAGGGGAUCCAGAUCCUCCUCACCACCGUGGGGGCAUUUGCUGCCUUCGGCCUGAUGACGGUGGCCAUAGGGACGGACUAUUGGCUGUACUCCCGUGCCCUAAUCUGCAACAGCACAGCCAAUGUCACGCAGGACGACCCUCAUAACAAGGACAAGAAGGAUCCCGGGGCGCUCACCCAUUCAGGACUCUGGAGGAUAUGCUGCCUUGAAGGAGUCAAGCGAGGAGUGUGUUCUCAGAUCAACCACUUCCCAGAGGAUGCGGACUUUGACCACGACGGGGCUGAGUACGUCCUACGCGUAGUUCGGGCUUCCAACAUCUUCCCCAUCCUCAGUGCCAUCCUGCUGCUAUUGGGAGGCGUGUGCAUCGCUGCAAGCCGUUUCUAUAGGAGCAAACGGAACAUCAUCCUCGGAGCGGGGAUUCUCUUUGUGGCUGCGGGUUUGAGCAACAUCAUCGGCGUGAUUGUGUACAUCUCAGCAGCUCUUGGCGACAUCUCACCCAAAAAGGACGAGGACAAGAAGUGGCAGUACUCGUACGGUUGGUCUUUCUAUUUUGGCGGUCUCUCUUUCAUCAUGGCCGAGAUGGUGGGCGUGCUAGCGGUCAACAUCUACAUCGAGAAGAACAAAGAGCUGCGCUGCCGCUCUCGCACCGACAUCUUCAAGAGCACCACGCACGCCAUGCUGCGCCUCCCCAGCUACCGCUUCCGCCGCAGAUCCCGCUCCUCGUCACGCUCCACCGACCCCUCCCGCUCGCGAGACCCUUCGCCGGUAGGGGGCGGCGUGGGGAAGAACUUUGGCCUGCCCCCAUCGGCGCUGCUCUCCCAGGGCCCCAUCUCGGUGUCCACGCUGCCUAAUCCGCACUCGCGCUCGCACACGGCGCUGGCAGGGGGCGACAUCUCGCUCUACACGCUGUCACGCGACCCCAAAUUGGGGGGGCUGCCGCCCAUGUACGGCACGGUGGACCGCGCCACCCUCUACCAACUCCACAACUGCUUCCCAAAGGACGGCGGUGGCGGCGGGGGCGGGAUGAUGAGUGGCACGCUGCCAUCACUCAAGUCCCACAACCCUUCCAACUCUUCCAACUCCAACGUGCCAAUGCCCAACUCGGUGGGGUCUGGACCGCCCCCCUUCACCUCGUCCACUGUGGACAGGGAGCGAGGAAUGGGUACCCUGGACAGGCUUAAGGGAGACAGAGAGAGCAACUCCAACACCCUCAAUAGGAAGACCACACCUGUGUAGAAUUAAAGGCAGGAAGUAGCGGUGGUCCAGUCAAGUGAAAAUGUUCAUCUCUAAGCGUACAUUCGCAACAGAGCGAUAAUAACAACAACAAUGAACUCUCACAACAAAACUAUUUUGAUAUUUCCACAUGCUAGAAAUGAUUUAUUUUGUUAACGAUCAACAUGCAAACUAACCUCGGGCUACUUCGAAAAUUGUGACCUUGUGCAAUAUUCUCGCUAAUUUAGCAGACCUGCGUUGGCGUCGAUUGUUGUUGCGAUUAUUCUUUGCAUUUUUACUAGGGAUGGACAUAACAAUCUAUUUGUGAUUGUGUCAUGUUUUAAGGUCGAAAUAAACUAUGACACACUACAAGUUCGCUAAACGACAUUUUUGUAGAUGUGACAAGAGUUUGCUCAUAGUACUACAUCGAUUUUGUCAAAUCGCAUUAGUUACCAACAGCUAGUCUUUCCCAGGUAGUGUUACAAUGUCAGGUAAUGGCAGUUUGGCCUCACUAUUAACAUGUAGCUAACCUACUAGUAUGCCACAGUUGUCCUACUAGCAAGGAAAAAGAUAUACAUUUAUGGAUAUACUGUACUGUACAGUUAGAAUAAUGAUCUGCAUUUUUUGCCUUGCUUGAAUUUAAAUUUUUUUUUUUUAAAUUUACUUACAGUGGUAUGAAAAAGUAUCUGAACAUUUUGAAAUUUCUCAAAUUUCUGCAUAAAAUCACUAUCAAAUGUGACCUGAUUUUUGUCAAAAUCAUACAGAUGAAAAUGCAGUGUCUGCUUUACCUAAAACCACCACAUUUAUAGGUUUUUAUAUUUUAAUGAGAAUAGAAUGCAAACAAUGACAGAAAGGGGAAAAAUAAGUAAGUGAACCAUCACAUUUAA